CAGGACCGUCAGAGCAAUAAAGCAGCCAGUGCGCAGCACUUUUACUGAUAAGCUGAAAUCAGCAAACAGCCUGAAAUGUCGGUAAAGUAAAAACUAAAAAAGCUUCUGAGACACCAAAUUAUUCACAGCAAGACGUGUGCAGGUUUCACCAAUUUAAGUUGUAUGGUUAAAUCUGAAAUACCGCAAAACAUGUUUACUAUUAAAGGCCAAUGACGCAACUGUUCGCUUAUCAGUGUAACGGUCUGUCGGUCCGCUGCAGCGUGCAGCUCCACUCCGGGCUGCGGGAUUUAAACCCGUUUGAAAUGACGUGUGUUGAAGUGUAACAUCUUAAAACGGGCGAGGCUGGUGUUGACCGCCUUGCUGACAGGCUUCAUGCGGGCCUUAGUUGCCCGUUACGUUUCUUUCGAUAACACGUUACUCUUAGUAGUUGACAGCAGGACGGUGGACACCGCGUGUGGACGUCACAAACUGUGUUUAAUGCAAAAGCGAGGCGGUGUCGGAGGAGUUCAAUAUACCUACAUAUACGUGAACAACUGGCUCAAGGAGCAGCAAAAAAAAAAACCUUACCUUUUUUAAACACUGACAGUGGAUAUGAGUGUGACCGUGUGAACCCCGAAUGAACUGGACGAAUGCUGUGGGCGGGGUUUAGUGCUAUUUAACGGACCCAAUCGAGCGUGUCACUCACUGACAGUUCGUUCAACAAGUGCGCGAGAGUCAGACGCGGUCAAAUGUAAAAGAUAUACUAUCCCCUUAUUUUCCAGUUUUUUUAUUAUUAUUAUAGUUUCAGUUUUAGUUUAUAGUAUAGUUUUUAUUUGAGCUACAACCAGGUGUUGAUGAUGUGGGGAGGCAGUCUGAUUGUGUUCUCCUAUCUCGCGGUCCAGGUGACAUCACAAGAAAUUAAAGUGGAGUGUCGUGAAUUUCAUGUUUUCCCUCCUUACAGUAACAUCACUCCGUCUGUCCUGGCGGACCUGAGAGUGAAGCUAGUGACAGUGGGAGAAAAAGAUAUGAUGAACAUAAGCUGGGCAAUCAACAUUGAUGCGAGUAAUAAAUACCUGACAGGCAUUCGGAUCGUAAUUAUGGGGCAACCAACGUACCACUGUACAUACAAACCAGUUUUGUCCGAGGCAGGCAUCCGUGGAUCAGUGCAGAAAUGGUUUUAUUAUUUAGUAGAGGCAAGCUAUGGCUUCAACAGCAUCCAAGCUGCCAGUCUGCCAUUUUCUCUGUCGGAGAGCGUCAUCGCUUACAAGUUAGCUACAAUCACAAUUCCUCGCCCAACACGGCGUGUGACAACAAAGCCUUGUACAGUUCCUAUAGAAAACAGAACAGAUGCUGUCCCUGGUAAUGUCAACUUCACCAGAAUAGCGUUGGCCGUUUUUGGACUACUGGCCGGUUUGAUGAUCCUGAGUUCCUGCUACAUGAUAUAUAAAAGAUGUGGCGCCAACGUUGCGAGCUCAUUGGGUUUCAAAAGGUUGCCUACAUCUCCCGUGGCACCCGUCCCUGUCCUUGUGGUGUACCCUGCUGAGGAUUCAGCCUUCCAGCAGGCAUUGGUGGCCCUCACGGAGUUCCUGCAGGGGUACGGCGGAUGCAGCGUGGCUAUCGACAUGUGGGAGCAGAGGAAGAUUGCAGAGCUAGGGCCAAUGCGCUGGCUGGCAGAAAAGGCCAAGAAUGCACACCGAGUCCUCAUUGUGUGCCCAAAGUCCUCUUCACUGCCCAGUCACUCUCCUCCCAACCACACCUUUCCAGAGCCUUCAAUCCCAGCUUCAGCUCAUGACCUUUACCCCCUGAUUCUCAACAUGGUGGCAGGCCACGCAAAGAGUGCCAGCGACUUGGCUAAGUUCUGUGUGGUGCAGCUGGGCGAGCAGCAGGACAAGAAGCCUAGCAACCUUGCGCUGGAACUAAGGGCCUGCAAAACUUUUCGUUUGAUGAAGGACUUAAACAAGCUGUGCAGGAGUCUUCAUUCCGAGAGUCAGGAUGACAAGAAGAUAUCAGAUCUGAUCUUCAGACCGGGGUUUGAAAAGUGUACAGUGAAGUUAAGAGAAGCUGUAGAAAAGCUUCAGCCAAACAUUUCCAGAAAAGCAGAACCACUGAAAUCUGUGGCUACCAUUGUUUGAAAAUGUGUAAUGACAAUGUUUAGAUUGCUUGAUAAAGAAGGUGGGUCAGAAUAGUUGAUAGUGAAUAGCUGAGUCUUUCAUUACGCUUUCUAAAGAGCAUUUACAUCUAUUUUAUUCUAUAUAGCAUAGACAUAUGCUUAUUUUGGUAACCCAAACACUGGCUUGGACACUGAUAAUAUAAAUACUUAUAUAUUGUUAUAAUGUUAUGCUUUUGUCAGGCUACUCAAAUUCAGAAUAACACAUAGAGGGUGAAAUUUGUGUCUGGGAAUGUGCGGCUGUCUCGUCUUGGAAACAACACACCCGAAUGUCAUUGAUCUCAUCGAAAUGUUGACUGGCCUUGCAUGGCGCAGUCCUGUGAGAUGAAAUCAUCCACCUCCUUGAUCGCUCAGCACCAAUCAGAAAUUAAGAUGAUGCAUAACCUGUGAUGAAAUCUGUGUAUGUAAAGGCCGGGUUUUCCGGUUAUAGGGCAGAGUUGUUGUGACUCCCCUGGUAUUGCAAUCUCAGCCCUUAUGCUUUGCUUGUGAUCAGAGAAAUAAAUCUACCAGAACGA